UCCGCAAGCGUUGACGUUUCAGGCUGCAGCACGCACGGCUGCACGGCUUGUUGACCUUGUUGACAAACGGUUUCGUCCACCGUGGCUUCUCUGCGUUCCUCCCGGGUGUUGAGCUGUUGGUGAUCGUUCUCGUCGGUUGUUUCCUCCUCCCGAUAAUUCAUCACGCAGGAUGACGACUGGCGGUCUGGCAGCGUAGCGGGUUCUUUACGCGGCUUCAGAUGUACCAGCGAUCGGCGGUAAUCGGCACCUCCCACGUUCACCUGGUAUGAGCGUUCGUUGAGUCGGUUCGUGAUGGUGCCCUGUGUCCACAGCUUGGAAGUCUCAGGAUUCAGCUGCACGUAUACCGGGGAUCCAACUUCCAGUUCCGGCACAAGGUGGGUUGCGGCAGUUGGCACACCACAGCGAGUUGAACGGGACAGCAAGCGUGAUGCUGGACUGGAUCCGACGUUGUUCGGAAUGUUUCGCCAAUGCAACAACGAAAACCAAAAGUCGGAUUCACUUUCAGCUGCCUUCUUCAUCAGCUGCUUGGCAAUCUUGACCGCGGCCUCAGCCUUGCCGUUGGAUUGUUGGUGGUGUGGUGCCGACGUGACAAGCUCAAAGUCCCAGUUGUUGGCGAACUGCACCAUUUUUCGGUUGGCAAAGUUGGUUCCGUUGUCGGUGACGACACGUUGGGGCACACCAAACCUUGCGAAGUUCUGUUUGCAGGCGUUGAUCACGGAUUCCGGACUCAGAUCUUUUAGCAGGUUCACUUCGAAAAAGUCCGAGUAGUGAUCAACGGUGAUCAGGAACUUGUGCUUGACGCCGCUCUGCUCAGCGAAGAAGACAUCCAUUGACACGAGUUGGAACGGAUGUACCGGAAUUUCGUGACUUUUCAUCGGAGGGUUUUGUUGAGACGCGGCAAACUUUGCACAGACAGAGCACCCUUUCACCGCGUUCUUGAUCUCUGACGUCAUGCCCGGCCAGAACAGGUUCGCCCUUGCCAACCGUAGUGUUGCUUCGAUGCCGUUGUGGCUUGCGUGACAACUCUCGAUCAUCUUCCGGCGGAGGAUAUAUGGGACCACAAUCCUGUCACUGCGGAAGACCAGCCCAUCCUGGGUAGACAGUUCAUGCCGAUAUCCAAAGAAGAUUUUGACGGCGUCCGGAACUUGAUCGGCAGAGGCAGGCCAUCCACCUCGAACGUAGCCGAUGACGUGCUGGAGUGGGGUGUCCUUUUCAGUCUCCCGCAUGAGAUCGUUCAGUUUGGCGCUCGACACACCUAAGAAGCUGCUGAGUUUCACCUCGUGGAUUUCUUCGAAGAUCUUGAAGAUGUCCUGCUUUUUGUAGAAGUCGUCUCCUUCUGCUCCGCCGGCUGGUGCACGUGACAAAGCAUCCGCAACCACAUUGUCCUUUCCCGUAACGAACUCCGUUGACAGCUUGUACCGCUGUAGGUUGAGCAACAUGUGUUGCAGCCGCCGUGGUGCUGACAAAAGCGGUUUCUUGAAGAUGUUCACCAGUGGCUUGUGGUCGGUCCUGACGGUCGCUUUUGGAUUUCCAACUAUCAGCUGGUCGAAUCUGGUACAGGCAAAAAGUAUCGCCAGGAGUUCUUUUUCGAUCUGCGCGUAGUUUUUUUCAGUUGCCGUGAGGGUUCGCGACGCGUAUCCAACCACUUCGUCGCGCUGAUACACGACCACACCGAGACCGAUGCUGCUAGCGUCACAUUCAAUGGUGAUUGGCUGGUUGACAUCGUAGUAGCGUAGUGUUUUGAUGUCGCAAACCAACGAUUUCACCUUGUUGAACUCGCUCUCUUCCACAGAUGUCCACUUCCAAGUUGCCGACUCCGGGAUCAGCAUUCGUAGGUGGGUCAAGUUGGCGCUGAGAUUGUUGAUGAAGCGCCCCAAGUACGUGACCAUGCCAACAAACCGGUGCACCUCCUUGCGAUUUUUUGGCUGGGGAUAGUCACGUAUCGCAGCAACCUUGGACUCGUCCGGCUUCAAACCUUCAUCGGUGAGGACGUGACCGUAGAAUUUGACGGACCGUUCACACAACUUCAGCUUGGCUUUGUUAAGCUUCACGUUGUGGAGUUCCAACCGACAAAGAAGUUUCUCAAGGCGGCGGUUGUGAUCAGCUAGGGCCUCCUCCAGCGUGUCGCCCACGCCGAACACCAGCAAAUCGUCCGCGAUGCAUUCAACUCCCUUGAGACCUUGGAUUACU